CUCCCAUGUAGUCAAGGUACACACCACCUCACCGACUAUGGCGCAUAUCACGUAUCAGCAAGUCUAUCCGCAAACUUCUGGAUGGUACCUAGGUACAAUGAGCGUGCAAGAUGCAGCAGCACAGACUCAACCAUCAAACUGCGAAGCAAGCAACAUCAUGACAUCAUCAGCUGUGACAUCAUGCUGCUGUCUUGCGCGUCCAUUACGUUCCAAAACAGAUCUACCUCUUCUCACCGAACAGCUAAAGCACCUCUCUCAGUUACCUCCACCUGAGAAAUACAAGCCGGACUCAGAAAGCUCCUGCGUACAGCCAAGAAGCAACGACACUCGACCAACACAGCUAGAUACGCUUAUUCCUCGUACCUAUCGAUUCACAAUAAACCUGUCACACCAGUCCACCAUGCCGAAGGGUCAGAAGGUCACCACCGAAAACGUCCCUCCCAAGCACGAAGGCCCCGGCUCCGUCCCUCCGGAUUCCCUCGCGGCCGAAUCGAUUCGCUCCGGCGGUGCCUUCGCCCAAGGUAACCCGUCCGCCUCCGCAGGCGGCUCGGCUUCGCAGAACCCACGGGCAAAGGCCCCCGGCACCGCCCAUCAGAGCCACCCCGAAGCUCAGCAACCGAAGCAUGAAAAUCCCGAGCAGGGUGCGCCGGCGCCGACCUACAUUUUCCACCAUGGCCGUAACCUGCCCGACCCGGCCGGCCCACACGGCAAGAAUAUCAGGGAGGUCAAGGAAGACGAAAUUGACGAAAGUUGGACCGAGCCUGCAAGCAUGCCGGAGCCCGGAAGCAAAGAGGAUCCCGGGCGUGCCGCGUUGAAGCGUAUGCUGGUCAGCACCGCACCCGAAGUCAAGAUGGAUACCGGAAAAGGAAGCCAGGAGGGAGGAGACGUUUUGCCGUUAGAAACGCGCGAGGCGGGAUUUGAAGCGCUGGGAGGGGAUGCUGAGGCUUGAACCCAGAACAGCUGAAGAAUGAAGUAAGUGUACGAUAUGAGGAGGUUGGCAAACGGAAGUCAAAAUCAGAAUGGUAAUGAACGUCUUGACAGUGGGGACAACGGGACAAGAUCUAUAGAAUGGUAAUGAACGCGUUGAACAGUGAGGGACACUUGUCAUGUUCAAAGUCAGCGUGAUGAUAGUCAUCCAUACAU